AUGGCGCCUCCUUCAAUCUACCAAGCUGCUCAGAACAUUGAUCGUCUUCUCGUCAGUUGCGCGGAAGCCACCGACUCACUGAAGCAAUUGAGUGGUGGAGAUGACAGCACUCAUAUUCCAAAGAACGAGCUGUGGGAGAUCUUCCCCGUCAUUGAGCGGCAUCUCCUGUAUGCAUUCACUCUGCUACUGGGUCGCAAUGACCCGUUGCGCCAGCCCUUCCGUUCUCUGCUCGAGGAAUCGUGGAUUGACACGAUUCUCCGAUGCUGCUCUAACACUCUCUUUAUCAUCCAUUACAAUCUGAGGAGCGUCAAGCGCAAAACGUCGGACGCCGACGUGAACUGGGACGAGGCUCGAGAACUCCUGGUAGUACAGGACAAGAAUCUAAAGCAUCUUACUGAAGUCUUGAAGAUACAUUCUGACUCGAAGCUACCUUCCUUGCACGUUCUCAAUGGCAUCGACAAGCAAGCCUCGCGCUCGUCACAAAUCCGACAAAAGAUCAAAGGGACAGGAACGGCAACACCCGCGGCGAAGGGCAUGCUGGGGAAGACAGCCCACGUCAGUGAUGCAGACCUAGCACAGGCUGCAACUCCGUCCGAGCCAUCGGAACCUUUUCCACCAAAAGGGAAGCAGGAGAACACGAACAAUAUUUCAGAAAGGGAUGAUGGGAACUCCCGUGGUACCGAGUAUGACAGAGGCUUCAAGGAUGGCCGCGAGCAGGCGUGCUCGCUCCUCAAAUCGAUUGGACUAUUCGACUUCGAGCCGCCGAAUGGAAACAGAGUCACCUGGCUUACACAAGCGAUAUUGGAGGACUCAGUCCAAGCCGUCGAAUUGCUACUUGACAUGGGAACGGAGAUCAACCAAGAGUCACCACUAGAGGAUUCCAAAGGCUACCAUAUCACUGCCUCUGUUUCAAGCCGCCCAAUCACGACGCUGCGACAUCGUGGGGAUGUGCCAACCAUCCAAUUGCUGUGGGAAGAAUACAAUGUCGGCAUCGAAGUGCGCAGUGACGGAAACGCAGACAAGGGAUUUACGCCGCUCAUCAUCGCGGUCAAACACGGUGAGGCGGCGGCAGUCAGGUACCUGAAACUCAGCAAGGCGAAUCUGAAGACAACGGACGAUACCGGACAAAGUCUGCUGCACUUGGCAUACACCUUUACAUUGCGCUGCCACGAACGGGAACGGAGAAUCACAGGAUUCUUGAUCAAAGAGACGCCCGGGCUGGUCAAUUCGGAGAACCAAGUUAAAGAGACGCCGCUGCAUUGCGCAGCAAAAGCGGGCAGAGUCAAUAUCCUCGAGCUUCUCAUUGAGAAUGGAGCCCGCGUCGACCUGCCAAACAACACAGGUCGAACUCCGCUCCACCUAGCCGUGGUGUUUGACGAUGUGGAUGCUGUCGCAUUGUUGCUGAAGAAUAAUGCAAGGCUUGAUGCGAGGACUAAUUCUGGAAACGCUCCAUUGCACGCAGCAAUUUGGAGCAAGAAGAACUCAAUGAUCACUUUGCUUCUGGACAACGGUGCGGACAUAAACCAAGUCGGCCAACAUGGUAUGCCCCCCCUUCACAUAGCUGCCAAGAUUCAGGACUUUGCUACAGUCUACGAACUCUUGAAAAGAGGCGCAAGCCCGUGGACGGGCGUCAAGAUCAAAGGAAAAGGUGAGGAGCAGACAGCGAAGGGCGUUCUGCUCGCUAUCGCACAGGCGAAACGCGGGCCAGACUUCCAGCGGAUCAACAAGUUGCUGUCCGACGCCUUAAGUCGCCGCACCAUCCUUGAAGCAGCUCAGUAUCAAUAACGAUAAGGCUGACGUGGUUGCGAGAAAACGGUGAGGACAGGCGCCAUUCGUGACAAUAGCAGAGGGCUUUCGCUAUUUCUACCUGAGUACGUAGUACGAACAACGGUGGCAUUCUCUGGAGGUGUAUGAUUGCAGCAUGCUCAAACAAGGCAUGACUUCUACUGGCCGU